UCUGCGCCUGGUGAAAUCACUAGCUUCGAGCGCACACUAGCAAGUGCUAUUUAUUUAGCCUAUUUCACCAAGGCUGAGCGGGAAUUGCGACUUGGAGGUUUCUCGAAUCUAGUGGUGUCCUGUUUGGGAACCAUGGGCUCCCACUGCAAUGAGAAUGCCGUGCUGUUUCUUUCUAGUAUGCUCGUUCUUCUGGGACUUUUCGUUUGUAUGAGGCAACGGAAGCAGGUUUUGUUCUAUGGGAGAUAUAGGUUGGAGUCGUCCAGUGAUACUUGGGUCCAGGUCCCGGCUAAAGUGGCCUGGAUCAUUCAGGAGUUGCCUUCGUUUGCUGUACCUGCCUUGUUAAUUUAUCAGUCGGGCAGCCUGGAUACACUGGGGAGCAAACUCUUGCUGUUCUUGUUCUGUGGACACUACUUCCACAGGACGUGGAUUUAUGGAUACUUCACCAGAGGGGGAUCUGUUCAAAUCUCCUUUGUUUUGCGAAGUUUUUUAUUUUGCACUUGGAAUGGGUAUCUUCAAGGACACAACUUGAUCUACUGUACAAACUAUGAUGAUAGCUGGACAACGGACUUCAGAUUUUUGUUCGGGAUAUUGCUAUUCUUGAUGGGAAUGGCCGCCAAUAUUCAUAGCGAUAAUUUGUUGCGCAAAUUGAGGGAACCAGGAGAUUUGAGUUAUAAAAUUCCUCGAGGAGGAUUAUUUGAAUACAUUUCUGCAGCAAACUAUUUUGGUGAGAUUGUGGAGUGGUUUGGUUAUUCUCUAGCAACCUGGACAUACCCAGCUUUUGCCUUUGCUCUGUUCACAGCCCUCAAUUUGGGCUCCCGUGCUGUGCACCACCACAGGUUUUAUCAGCAGAAGUUUCAAGAGUAUCCAAAAUCUAGAAAAGCUUUAAUUCCUCUUCUGUUUUGAAAUAAUAGUACAAGCUUACCAAUUUUCCCUCUUAGUGUUGAGAUUUUGUGCUGCAAUGAUAAUGUACUUUGUAUACUUAAAAUCAUUGUUGUCACGCUAUUCUUUUGAAGAAAGUAGUGUUUAAAGUAAUGCAGAUUGCUUGUUAAUUUAACUCCAGUUUUAAAUAUUUAGCUGAGCUUUUCCUGUUUUGGGAAUCAAAUACUCAAUAAAAUUGUGACAGCUGUAUGAUUAUUCCUACUGAAUUCCAUUAUUUUUUGGUUCGAUUUGUGUUUGAAGGAACAAAGCUUGUAUUUGACUUCAUAAUUGAAUUAAAUUAAAGACUAAUUGAAUGAAA